AUGUUUUCAGAAUUAUAAUUAAAUUAAAAUCUUAUUUUCUUUUUCUUUUGUGUGUGAAGCACAGAAAAGCUGCAUCUUCUCCACACGCCUUCCAUUUUCUAUUGAUUUUCUCUCCACUUUCUCAGAAACCAAACGCCUCUCAUUAUCGCAUAUAACUCUGUAACGAGUUUAUACUAUUUCUCACGGCCUAAGCUUUAUGGUUUUCUCCUUUUAUUAUCACAUAUUACUCUCUAACGAGUUUAUACUAUUUCUCACGGCCUUAGCUUUAUAGUUUCCUCCUUUUAUCUGUUCUUCUCUUCCUUCUUCAGCGCCCUGAACUCUGGAAUGAUAAUCUUCUAGUAUACUGAGAUUGGUCAAAGCUUGCAGAAGUUGAAGUUUGCUUGUUUUUUUAUUUUCGGACUGGGUCAAGGUAAGUCUAAAGAGUAUAGUUUUUCAGUUAUUGCUUUUCCUUCUUCCCUUCAUUUCCUUUUUCUUUUUGACUUUCUUUUUUUUUUUAAUAGCUCUUUACUAAUUUGAAUGAAUUCCAUGACUAGAUCGGUUUGGAUUUGACAGAUUCUGUGUUUUACGUUUUAAUACUUUCCUUUCUUCGGGAGAUAAGAAAUGAAGAAAAAUCAAAUAAUUUUGAGCAUCAUGAUCGUUAUGUUAUGGUUUUAAUGCUUGUUUUCUAGGCCAGAAAGUGAAAGAUUUUCUGAAUGGUUUAUGUUGCUUUAUUGUUUGUUAUUUACUGUUUUCCGAAUGGUUCUUCUGCUGAUGUUUCUUGACAACGAAGCCGAGGCACCUAUUUCUGCAAAAGAAGUGUAAUAAGCUUGAAGAUUAUUUUCCAGAUUUGAGAGAAUUUUAAUGUAACUUCUAUUAGAUCAGAAAUUCGUUUUUUGUUUGCCGAGCUAUUUCGUCGUAUCCAGUUCAGGUAUUUGCCGAAUCUAGCUUCUUUUAAGCUUUUAAACUUGCUAAUGGCGACUCAAGACUAAAGAGCACCAAGGUCUGCAUCUAUAAUUAUGGUCCCCGCCACGUUAAUCAACUGGAGAAGUCAUCCAGUGGGGUCUUUAGUUAAAGCUUGAUAGGACUUUUUGAUGAAAACUGGAAAAGUUUGCCUUUUGAUCUCAAUCUUUUAUCUGAUUGAGUCUGUCCCAAGUUCUUUUUUGUUGAAGAGUUUACUCCAAACUUAAUCCUGAGGUUUGAUCUUCCAGAAAAUGUCGCAGAAAAUUCCUUCUUCUUUACAGUCGAUCAAAUCAUUGCCUGUUGAUUUUGAGUUUGUUGGUUCACCUACCUCUUAUCCGAUUGAAAUGAGCUCCCCUAGCAGGGAUGUAUCUAGUUUGAGUAUUCCUGAAAAUGGUGAGGCAAGGAAUGAGAUUGUGGAAGAAAAGGAAAGUAAUGUAGAGGAUGCGGAGCAGGCUAAUGAUGAGUCGCCAUAUUGUGCGAAUACUCUUUCAGUUGAAGACGGGCUGUCCAUGGGUGAUGAAGAUUUGGAUUCUGCUGCUUUGCCUCUGACUUCAAUAUCAGCAUCUCGGGAUAGUGAACGGAGAUGGAGCGACACCACGUCCUAUGCUGCAAAGAAGAAGCUUCAAUCUUGGUUUCAACUUCCAAAUGGGAACUGGGAACUGGGGAAGAUAUUGACUACUUCAGGGACAGAAUCUGUUAUUUCGCUGCCUCUGGAGAAGGUUCUAAAGGUGAAAUCUGAGAAUUUGGUACCAGCAAAUCCUGAUAUCCUUGAUGGUGUGGAUGAUCUGAUGCAACUUAGUUACUUAAAUGAACCAUCAGUAUUGUACAAUCUCCAGUACAGAUACAAUCAAGAUAUGAUUUAUACAAAAGCAGGGCCAGUGUUGGUUGCUAUAAAUCCCUUCAAGGAAGUUCCUUUAUAUGGAAAUGGCUACAUUGAAGCAUAUAAGAACAAAACAAUUGACAAUCCACACGUGUAUGCCAUCACAGACACAGCCAUCCGAGAAAUGAUAAGAGAUGAAGUAAAUCAAUCAAUUAUUAUAAGUGGUGAAAGUGGCGCAGGAAAAACUGAGACAGCAAAGAUAGCAAUGCAGUACUUGGCUGCUCUGGGUGGUGGUAGUGGGAUAGAAUAUGAAAUAUUAAAGACGAAUCCGAUUUUAGAAGCAUUUGGCAAUGCAAAAACAUUGAGGAAUGACAACUCAAGUCGCUUUGGAAAGUUGAUCGAGAUUCAUUUCAGUGAGACUGGAAAAUUAUCGGGUGCCAAGAUUCAAACUUUUUUACUUGAAAAGUCAAGAGUUGUUCAAUGUGCUGAGGGAGAAAGGUCAUAUCAUAUUUUUUAUCAACUUUGUGCUGGGGCUUCACCUACUCUCAGAGAGAAGCUCAGUUUGAAGAGUGCAAAUGAUUACAAGUAUCUGAGGCAGAGCAAUUGCUAUUCAAUUGCUGGAGUUGAUGAUGCCGAACGAUUUCAUAUUGUUUUGGAAGCUUUGGACAUUGUUCAUGUCAGCAAGGAAGACCAAGAAAGUGUGUUUGCAAUGAUUUCUGCAGUACUAUGGCUUGGAAAUGUCUCAUUUACUGUGAUUGAUAAUGAAAAUCAUGUUGAAGCUGUGGCAGAUGAAAGCCUAGUCAAUGUCGCUAAACUGAUUGGAUGUAACACCGAAGACAUUAAGCUUGCUUUAUCAACUCGCAAAAUGAGAGUUGGUAAUGACAAUAUCGUGCAGAAGCUAACAUUGUCGCAGGCCAUCGAUACAAGAGAUGCUUUAGCAAAAUCAAUUUAUGCUUGCUUGUUUGAUUGGCUGGUUGAACAAAUCAACAAAUCGCUUGCUGUUGGCAAAAGGCGAACAGGCAGAUCCAUCAGCAUUCUUGAUAUUUAUGGCUUUGAGUCAUUUGAUAGAAAUAGUUUCGAGCAGUUCUGCAUAAAUUAUGCAAAUGAGAGAUUGCAGCAACACUUUAACCGUCAUUUAUUCAAGCUGGAGCAGGAGGAAUAUAUCCAAGACGGAAUUGACUGGAACAAAGUUGACUUCGAAGACAACCAAGAUUGUCUUAAUCUCUUUGAAAAGAAACCAUUGGGCCUGCUGUCUUUGUUAGAUGAGGAGUCCACAUUUCCUAAUGGAACAGAUUUAACGUUUGCCAACAAACUUAAACAGCAUCUAAAUUCUAAUUCUUGCUUCAGAGGAGAACGAAGUAAAGCUUUCACUGUCUGUCAUUAUGCAGGGGAGGUUACAUAUGACACAAGUGGAUUUCUGGAGAAGAACAGGGAUCUGCUGCAUUUGGAUUCUAUUCAGCUUUUGUCUUCAUGCUCCUGCGUCCUUCCUCAAAUAUUUGCUGCUAGUAUGCUUACACAGUCUGUGAAGCCUGUAGUUGGUCCAUUAUAUAAAGCAGGCGGAGCAGAUUCCCAAAAGCUGAGUGUAACAACAAAAUUUAAGGGUCAACUAUUCCAGUUGAUGCAACGUUUGGAGAACACAACCCCGCAUUUCAUUCGCUGUAUAAAGCCCAACAAUCUCCAAUCUCCUGGAUUGUAUGAACAAGGACUUGUACUGCAGCAGUUAAGAUGUUGUGGGGUCCUAGAGGUAGUUCGGAUUUCACGUUCUGGCUUCCCGACCAGAAUGUCUCAUCAGAAGUUUGCCCGAAGGUAUGGUUUUCUUCUGCUGGAGAAUCUUGCAUCAAAGGAUCCACUUAGUGUUUCGGUUGCAAUUCUUCACCAGUUUAAUAUUUUACCUGAGAUGUAUCAAGUUGGCUACACGAAAUUGUUUUUCCGCACAGGACAGAUUGGGGUUCUCGAAGAUACAAGGAACCGUACCCUCCAUGGAAUUUUGCGUGUCCAAAGCUGCUUUAGAGGUCACCAAGCUCGCAAUUAUCUCAAGGAGCUCAGAACUGGGAUUGUAACUCUUCAGUCAUUUAUUCGCGGGGAAAGAACGCGAAAGGAAUAUGCAAUCUUAAUACAGAAACAUAGAGCUGCUCUGGUCAUACAAAGCCAGAUCAAAGGAAGACUUGCUAGGAGAAAAUUCAUUACCAUUUCUCAUGCAUCAAUUUUGAUUCAGUCAGUUAUUCGUGGCUGGCUGGUCAGAAGAUGCUCAGGAGAUAUUGGGUUGCUGAAAUCUGAGGGGAGCAAGAAGAAUGAGUCAGAUGAGGUGGUGGUCAAGGCAUCAUUUCUUGCUGAACUGCAGCGACGAGUUCUUAAGGCUGAGGCUGCUUUAAGAGAGAAAGAAGAGGAGAAUGAUAUUCUUCACCAAAGGCUUCAACAAUAUGAGAGCCGCUGGUCUGAAUAUGAGUUGAAAAUGAAGUCCAUGGAAGAAGUUUGGCAGAAACAAAUGAGAUCUCUGCAGUCCAGUCUUUCGAUUGCAAAAAAGAGCCUAGCAAUUGAUGAUUCUGAGAGAAAUUCCGAUGCAUCAGUGAAUGCAAGCGAUGAAAGAGACUGGGAGACAGGAAGUAAUUUCAAGGGCCAAGACAGCAAUGGUGGAGUGAGACCAAUGAGUACAGGUUUGAGUGUCAUAAGUCGGUUGGCUGAAGAAUUCGAACAGAGGAGCCAAGUCUUUGGGGAUGAUGCCAAAUUCUUGGUGGAGGUCAAAUCAGGUCAGGUUGAAGCAAGUUUGAACCCAGAUAGGGAACUUCGAAGGUUGAAGCAGAUGUUUGAAGCCUGGAAGAAGGAUUACGGAACAAGAUUGCGAGAAACAAAGGUGAUUUUGCAUAAACUUGGAAAUGAAGAAGGUGCAAUGGAGAGGGUAAAAAAGAAGUGGUGGGGAAGGAGGAAUAGCUCAAGGUUCAAUUAGAUCAUUUUUUUGUAGUUGGAUAGCAGUUAUUGCAUAUUUUUUGCACUUGCUGCUGCCGGCUUUCUAUUUUUGGCCAGUAAUUGUUACAUAGAGAAGAAAGUGUGAGGUAGUUGUAUUAUUGCGAGGGAUUAAGAGAAAUGCAAAAGUUAGAAAUCCAAAUAUAUAUGUAUAAAAUUUUUCUAAAAUUGGAAGGCAAAUUGUGUGUAAAAUCAUAUUGUCACAUCUGCGUAUUAUAGUUGGUGUAUGAUUUCAUGCCUCA